GAAUCCAAUUAGUAAUUUAAUUGAUAAUUCAAUUAACAAGGAAGGAAGGAAAUCCAAUCAAAUGAUACCAACACCACCUCCAUCUACCACACCUCAAGAACCUAUAAUAGAAGAUUCUCCUUCACAUCCAAUUAUUAUGAAAAAAUCACCAAUGAUACAUAAUCAAAUACCUAUUCAACCAUUAACAACAACAUCAACUUCGUCAAUAAAUACUAAUACUUCAAUUCCUCCUUCAAUCAUUACUUCAUAUCUCCUUCCCGCCAAUGUAGUGUGCCUUCCCCGUACAAACCAAAUUGAUGCACUGUUAACCAUAAUACGAGACAAAGCUACCGCUCGUGGAGACUUCAUUUUUCACUCUGAUAGAAUAAUUCGGCUUCUCGUUGAAGAAGGUAAUGAAUUCAAAGGGAUCGGAUUUAAGGGUCAAAUCUGCGGCGUGUCUAUUAUGAGAGCUGGUGAAGCUAUGGAACAAGGUUUACGUGAAUGUUGCAGGAGUGUUCGAAUUGGAAAAAUUUUGAUACAACGUGAUGAAGAAACGGCUCAACCGAAGUUGCCUCCAGAUAUAGAAAGUCGAUAUGUCUUAUUAUUGGAUCCAAUGCUUGCUACUGGGGGAUCAGCUAUUAAAGCUAUAGAGGUAUUACUUUCGAAUGGAGUAGCAGAGGAAAAAAUAUUAUUUUUGAAUUUACUUGCUGCCCCGGAAGGAGUUACUGCAGUUACUUCAAAAUUUUCAAAACUCAAAAUUAUUACAGCAUUUAUAGAUGAAGGAUUGGAUGAUAAGAAAUAUAUUGUACCUGGAUUAGGAGAUUUUGAUUUAGAAUAG